AGGAAACAAACCACAACGAAAUUCUAAAUAGCCAGUCUAUUCACCUACGGUGAGGUGAAUGUGCCACAAAACGCAGUCCAAAUGACAGCCAUUCCAUGUUUAAAGAGCAAAGGGCCUCCCAAGCCAAAAAAGUUGUCCAUAGUGGGAAUGAAUCAGCUGCCUUUCCAGCCACAUCCACCUGAACUGGUCUUUCAGAACUUCACUCCUGGACAGACCUACACACUCCCUCUCCAUCUCCACAACAAAGACAAGGUUUCACAAAAAGUGAAGCUGGAGCGUCAGGACUCUGAUUUCUUCCACGUGGUCAGACCAGAGGAUGCUGGCAGCCGGGUCGCGCCAGGACUGUCGGCUUCUUUCACUGUCUCCUUCACCCCGCAGGAGAACAAGGACUACCACCACAGACUGGUCUAUGUGACAGAGAGGGAGCGGUUUGAGGUCCCAAUACUUGCCAUCGGGCCACGUGGCAUUCUUGACUUUCGUGACGAGCUCAAUUUACCCAUCUGUCCCGCAAAAGCCUCCACAGAGAGGACUCACCUGGUCCGCAACAUAGGAAAUGCUGUGGCCAAGUUCAAUCUAGACACACAGAGUCCUUUCUCUGUGACGCCCACCUGUGGGACUCUUGAUGUAGGCCAGUGCAUGCAGGUGACUGUGAGCUUCAACCCUAUGACCACAGGGGACCACAGCCGGAACCUGCAUCUGCACUACCACACAGGUGAAGAUGUGUACAUCCGUUUGAAUGGGGCUUGUGAGGAACUGGACAUCCAUCUUGAGCGUGAAUCUGUCCUGGUAAAUCAGACUUACAUUUCGCUUGCCAAUGUGUGCAAAGUAUCCCUCGCCUACAGGAGUGAGAUCCCUCUAAAGUACUGUUGGACGACAUGGCCCAGCCUGCAAGAGGAGGCAUUGAGCUUCUUGAGAGAGAGCUCAUCACUCCAACAGAAUGAGGAGGAGGAAAGAAAACGGUGGCUUGUUCAGUGUGAGACCGACCCUACAGCGAUCCAUCACCUCCCACAGCUGUCCAAAGCCCUGCAGGAACGCCGAAGCCAGGCAGCGAAGGACCAACGCCUGGUCCUCUCACACAGCUGCUUAACUCUGGAACCAGCGGAGGGUGAAAUCUGGCCUAAAACCCCAGCACAGUUCAACAUCAUCUUCAAGCCCGACGAGGCCAAGCUGUACCAACAAACCAUAUAUUGUGAUGUCACAGGUCGUGAAGCUCGGUUGCCUCUCACAAUAAAGGCUCAGGGCUUGGGACCUGACCUCCAACUCACUUAUGUCCUGAUGGAUAUGAUAAAUGCAGACAUUGGUGGCAAAGACUUAUAUGAAGUGGAGAUGUACAACAAAGGACUGAUUGAUGCCCCCUUCAGGAUGUCAAACCCCGACACCACGUUCGGCCGCUGUUUCUCCUUCAGUCCUGAGGAAGGUGUUGUUCCCUCUGGGGCCUGGCAGAUUGUGCAAGUCACCUUUCAGAGCCACAUCUUGGGAACCUUCUCUGAGGACUUGCUGCUUACUGUCACAGGACAGCCUCAACCGCUUACCCUGACCUUCAGGGGUUGUGUCGUUGCCCCCGCUCUCGAAUUCAACGUUUCAGAGAUCAAUUUUGGGGACGUAGGAUUUGGUUUCCCUCAAACAUUGUUUUUUACCCUCUACAACAACUCCUUCGUGCCUUUGAACUUCGCCCUGCGUGUCCUGGGAGACGGGACAGGGUCUCAAAGUGUUAGUGGUCUCAAACAGGCGUCUGAGGUGUCCAGGAACAAUUGGGAAUGCGGUGCAGAUAGAGGCCUUCGUGCACAGCCUGUAGAGUUCACCGUCACACCUGCUGCCGGCUCUAUGCGCAGCCUGUCUGAUGGCACUUUUAAGGUGACGCUGUGCUCCAACACGGUGAAGACAUACAGGCUGGCGCUGGUGGUGGAUGUGGAGGGAGUCGGGGAGGAGAUCGGGACUCUGCCCAUCUACGCCAGGUGUUGUGUUCCUGAUAUUGUGGUAGAGACUCCAGUGUUGGAGUUUCAAAGGUGUUUCCUCGAUCGCCCCUAUGAGCAGAGGGUGCGGCUGACUAACAACAGCAAUCUGCCAGCCUGCUACGGCAUGCUCGACCAGGUUAAGAAUAUGAGGAAGUCAGUCAUUGCUUUUUGCAGUCAUACACCGAGAGGACUGAUUCUUCCUGGCACUUCAGAAGAGCUUCCUGUGGUUCUGCUGGCUAAGGCGGUUGGAAGGCAGCAGCGCACUCUACGCAUUGCUGUGUUUGGCAGCAGCCAGCCACCCCUGGAGGUGGUCUUGUCCUGUGUCGGUCAGGGUCCAAAAAUUCAUGUUGAGAUCCCGAAGCUGGACUUUGGCCGAAUCCCUGUUCUGACUGAUAUUACUAGAGUUCUGCACCUGUCAAACGAGUCACCUAUUCCAGCCCACUUUAUUGCUCGCAUGUGGGAUAGAGGGUCCUUUGGGCGAGUUGAGCCCAGUGGGGGGGAAGUGCCACCCGAGAGCCAGCUUGAGCUGAGAGUCGUGGCACACCUGAAGGACACACAAGACUUCAAGGCCACCCUGGAAAUAUCUAUCCGGGACAGUCAAACACACACUGUCCAUCUCUCGGCCACAGGCACCGGCACCACAAUUGUCAGUGACAAGCCUUUUGCACCUGCCCUUGACCUGGGCUCACAUUUCAGCCAUGACUCAUGCCAGUACCAUUUUAAGCUGACCAACCAUGGCAAGCGAGUGCAGCGGUUGUACUGGCACACCGAUGACUUCCUGCCUUCUGCAAAAACCCAGAAGGGGGUAAACCAUUCCGACCGAACCGUCCUGCCCCCCAUCUUUGCUCCAAAGAAGGACCCUCUGGGCCGUAGAUCUUCGCUCCCCUCUAGCAGGGAGCAGCCGGUGUUCAGCCUUGCGCCUCGUCGUGUGGAGCUUUUCCCAGGCCACUCUGUUCACAUGGUGCUGACUGGAUCUUCAGACUCCCCCAAGCUUGUACGGGAGCGUCUGGUAUGCCACGGCAUUGUGGGUAACCAGGGCUCGAAGGAGCUCAUCAUGUCUGUAGAUGUCACCUGUCGCUUUGUGGCUCCUAUGCUCAACUUCUCCUCCAAGCAGCUGAAAUUCUACAUAGAGAAGAUUCCAAGAAAGAGUCUAACGCCUCUUUUUGAGAAGCUGAUCUUGGAGAAUGUGUCAUCUCUGCCUUUAUAUAUGGAACUGUCUCUGGUAGAGCCGUUCUCCCUGUGUGAGGCCUCAGGAGCCCAUAUCACAGUCUCCACCAAGUCCAUGCUUUUAGGUAUCGGGAGAAAGGCUGAGUUGUGGGUAUGCUUCGAUCCAUCUUACUGCCGGGAUCGGGUGUCACAAGUCAUGGAUGAGUUCCUUGAGCUACACUACCGGGGACACCCGCAGAGAGACAUUGUGGAGCUGCAUGCUGAGGUCCAAUUCCCCAACCUUCACUUUUCCUCCAACACAGUGGACUUUGGGUGUGUGCUUAACUGCACGGGGAAUUGUAGAGAGAUCUCGAUUACCAACUGCUCCCUGCUGCCCGUGUCCUACCACUGGGCUUUCCUGGAGGACCAGAAACACUGUUCCAUAAGGUAUUAUACACUGAGAAAUUCUCUGGUGGGAAGGAAGGACUCAAAGAUGCUGGAAGAAGAGAAGGAGCAGAGAAAUCCAGAAGAUAGGACUGAAGAGAGCAGCACACAGCGCUCUGUGGGUGUGGAAGAGGUGUUCGAUAUCUUGCCGAUAAAUGGUCAUCUGCAACCUGGGGAACAGCAGCAGGUCAUUUUCUCUUUUUACGGCCAUGAAAAUGUCAGCGGAGAGGUGGUGGCACGCUGCCAUGUGGAGGAGGGGCCAACGUAUGAAGUGAAACUCAGAGGAGAAGCUUCAGUGAUCAGCUACAGCCUCGACUCUACACAUAUUGAUUUUGGUCUGCAACUGUUUGAUCUCGAAGGGGAAGCCAAGGUGACCCUGAGGAACACUGGCAAGAUGGGCUUCAAAUUUAGCAUCAUAUACCCCAAAAGGGAGGAAGAGGAGGCAGGACAGAUGAAGGCCCUGGUAGAGAAGCAAACUGAGAAUGGACAGGAAGUGAGACCAGGGCAACCCAUGGUCACCCCCACUGAGGGUUACAUUAAUGCCGGUGUAGAGCAAUGCCUGCGUGUGCUGUAUCUCCCUGGUGUCCCCGAGGUGUUUGAGAAGCAGCUGCAGCUGCAGGUGGCUUUCCUCCCGCCGCAGGACAUCAUGCUGACCGGAGAGGGCGUGUUCCCAAGGAUCGCACUGAAUCUUCCAAGAAACCUGUCAGAGGAGUGCUACAGCGAUGUGAUGCAGCAGGCCAGAGCAGCUGUGGAGGCCGACCGAGUCAGAGAGGAGCUGACGACUGCUGGAGGAAGAGCAGCAACCGAGGCUGACUGCAUCCUCACAGUCAGUCACAAAGAUAAACAUUUAGAGCUGCUUCACAUGGAGAUUGAGAGAGUUCUGGUCAAACAGAAUGCUCUCGCUGUGACCGGAAGCCUGCCGGAGCGCAGAGACUCACAAGGCUCCGCCAGGAAGUGGCACAAACUUAGUCAGUUUCCUCUUCCAGAAUAUGUUUUGGAUUUUGGCUAUGUCAUUCUCAGCAGAGUCCUUAGUCACACUGUAAAUGUGACUAAUACUGGAGCAGUAGCUGUUUCCUUCCAUCUCAACGAAAAACCUCUAGCUGGCUCAGGAUUCAGCGCAGAAUUUAAAAGGGUGAAAAACCUGCCCUCCGGAGAGACACAGGCUUUCACCGUCAAAUUUGACCCCCUUGGAGCCAACCUCAAGACGGGGAACAUACAGGCUGUCAUGCCAAUACAGGUCGCAAGAGGCCCAGUGGUGCAGGUGCGUCUGACUGCAGUGGUAACUGUGCCGGCUAUCACUGUUUCCACGGAUACACUGCAUUUUGACACUAUGCAGUGUAGCAUGUGUCAGAUGAAGACGAUACAGCUGUUUAAUCAUGAGUCCGUGCCCUGCUGCUGGAGCAUAGCUGAGAAGGGAACGCCUUUCAAGAAGGUACGACAUUUUUUUGCUCUCUACCAGCGUAAAAAGUUCUCUCAGGAGCAGCAGCCUCCUCAAGAGGUGUUUAAGACGAUCCCCAGCUCUGGCUUGCUGGCCCCUGGUGAACGAGUCAACGUCCAGAUAAAGUUCAGCCCUGCUGAGGAGCUUGCUUACUACAGGCAGCUAGCGGUCCAUGUGGCUGAGAGCUCCGAGCAGGUGUUCAUCACAGUUCAGGGGCAAGGUGAGGAGCCCCGACUGGAGUUCUGCCCAUCGGAGCUGGAGCUGGGGCCCUGCCUGUCUGUCAACACUGAGGUUGAAGCAGAGGUCACCGUGAGAAACCCCUGCUCUUUCCCCAUCGAGUUCUACUCCCUGGAGUUCGACACACAAUUUCUCGAGGAAGAAAAGAUCCUGCGUCUGAUGCAGGGUUAUGAUGAGAACAACAUGUUGCUACUGCCUCCCAGAGCCCCGGGAGAAAGCCUCACCUCAGAACUGCUCGACUACUACAAGGAGCACUGCACCCAGCUGAAAGAUGACGAGCCUAACGAGAGCUUGGAUGAAGAAGAGGCUGAGAUGGAUGACACAAACCAGAAUGAAAAGACACUGAUACAAAACGAUGCCCACUCAGCAGACAGCCAAUUGGAAGAGACACACACUGUCUCUGGGAAAGCAGCUGAGUUCAUUGUUUCCCAGAUGACCAAAGAGGGAAGCAGUGGGAGACUGGGGCAGUUGGAGAUGACCCCUGUCUCCAAAGCGAUCGCCCGCCACAUGUGUGUCGAUCUGUCCCCCGAGGGUCUGGCUGCACGCAACCGCAGGGGCAUUGCUAUCGUUGUAUACGGAGCCCCACUGAUAGGUCGGAGCAGCACAGUGGCUGCUCUGGCCCGUCACUACGGAGUGACGAGCCUGAGAGUUGAUGCCGUGGUGACAGCGGCGCUCCUGAACGGCACCUCUCCUGUUAGCUUGACCGCAAGACAACUCUACGAUCAGGCUGCUGAAGAUUAUGCUUUGAAGAAGGCAGAGGAAGAGGCACAUCUCCAAGCCCCUGUCCCAGAUCCACAUUCAGCUCCAGCUUCUCUUGAUACUGGGGACGUUGUUGGAAAACACAGCAAGGACAGCUGCAGUAAAAAUGACUCAAGUGCUCCUCAGGAAGCUGAAAACCCCCACUUGGCCCUUUGUCUGGGGGGGGAUGUGACCACACUCAGCAAUCUCCUGCCUGAACAGCUGCUGAUUGAUGUCCUUGCAGAAAGAUUUCAGCUGAGCGAUUGUCACCGUGGCAUCGUAAUGGACGGCCUGGAGUCUGUGUACACUCAGUCAGCAGCCAGCACGCUGCAGGUUGUUCUCAAGGCCCUCAAUAACCGCAAACACAUCUACGCAGUCAACUUGUCUGACUCCUACGCUGCCCUGAAGGCACGGGAGAGAGCACAGAGAGAAGCUGAGGAGGCUCUGCAGAAAGAGAAGGCUGACAGGGAGGAGCAGUGGCUGCAGGAGCUGGAUGAGGAGGAGUAUGAUGCUCUGCCAGAGGAGGACAAGGAGCGCAUUGUCCAGCAACACAUUGAGAAGCGCAGACAGCAGAAACUCAGGGAGCUGGAGCGUAUACUGAAGGAGCAGGAGGAGCAGAGGCAACAGGAGGAAAUAAAAAGGUUGAGAGAAGAAGAGUUGAAGAAGAAGAGCAAAAAGGGUGCAAAGAAGGAUCCUAAAGAAGUGUCGAGGAAGAAGAGCUUGCUGGAGGGAAAGCAGUCAGCAGAUGGAUUGAAUGGGCGCGGAAUCUCUCCCACUAACAACUCUAAAGAAUCACUGGUGGAUGCAAGAGAGCAGCAAAAUCUAAAUGAAGUACAACCAAGCAAAGAAGCGGAUGAUUUACAAAAGCAGACAGAAGAAGCCAAAGCAUUACGCACAGAGUCCCCCCAACCCACAGAGAAAAUGGAGGGAGAAAAGAGUGCAGACGCUGCAGAGAUGAAGAGCCUGAGAGAAGAAAAAGAGUUGAAGAAAAGUAAAAAGGUGACAGAGCGAGAUAAUAAAGAAGUGCCGGGGAAAACGGGCGUGCCUGGUGGAAAAGAGUCAAACCUGUUGGAUGUCCGUUCGACGUCUAAAGAGUCGCUGGUGGACGCGAGAGAGCAACAUCCUGUAAAUGAAAGUGCAACCAAAUUGCAUCAAAGCAAAGAGGCUGAUCCUUCACCCAAGAAGACAGAAGAAGCCAAGCGACUACAAGCAGAGGAUCCUAAACCUGCGGACAAGCCCAAGGGAGAAACAUCAUUGGAGGAUAAGCUGCAGUCUCAGUUCAGUGCGUAUGAGAAGAUCCAGGAACAGGUGCAGCACAUCCUGCAGCACUGGGACCGAGCACAGGGCUUGUUGCUGCUCCCGCUCCCCGCUGAAGAAGCCCCCCCGGGGUCAGAGGAAGCCACAGCAGAGAAACAUGUGAGAUUUCAGACUACCCCUGUUGGCAGGAGGAACAAGAAGGCCAACAGCAAGAUCAUGUCUCCUAUACUGAGUCAGAUAGCAGCAGCUGAAGCAGACAAGGUGUUACCCCAGGAUGUCAUCCCUCACAUCGUGCUGAAUGUAACGGGGGGAAACUCUCCGAGUGCCACUGAGCUGCUCGAAGGCAGCCCCCUGCCUCCACUGGUCGAGGUAGUUUCCUCUUUCUGACCCAGCGGCCCACCCAUCCCUCCCCCCACCACUUUCUGUAUGAUUCCUUUUCCCAAAAACAGGGAGAAAUUUCUCAGUAAACUCCCCUGCAGCUGUUUCACCUUCCUGGUUCCCUCAGGGCAGGAGGAACAGGGCGAGGAGAAGGAAGAUUUACAAGCUUCAGUUGUAAAGGAAGAGGCAACACUUUCCAAAAGUCGCAGCAAGGGAAGCACUAAGGAGAGCACAGUAUCAAAGGACAAAAAGAACAGAGACAGUCAGAAGAGCAAGAGACAAUCUUCAGCCAAGACAAAAGCAAAGGUCAUGGACAGCCCUCGCACAUCUGCACGCAUCUCCUCCACACAGGAAUGCACUGAAGAAGACCAACACCAAGGAAACUUAGAGCUGAAACGCAGCCAGAGCCUGACAAAUUUCCGCUGGGUUCUACCAGCGAACAGUGAAGUGGUUCUGAAGAUCUGGUUUUAUUCAGAAUCCCCGGGGACAUUUGAACAGACCUUCAACUUUGAGCUCCUGGGGACCCAGAGACUCUACCAGCUCUUCUGCAGGGGAAUUUGCACCUAUCCUUCCAUCUGCAAAGACCACAAGACUCUUUUUGCUUUCAGUAAGAAGGUACCAAAAAAGGAGGAGGGGCUCCAGAAGACUUAUGCAAUCAAACCUGGGUGCUUUGAGUUUGGACCGUUACUCUGUGGAAAGAGCAGAGACAGAUACAAGGAAAACAGGUACCCCGAGAACAAAGAGAGACUGCUGAUUCAUAACCCUUCAGGCCUGGAAGCUGAGGUCCUGUUCAGUUUCCAGCAUGACACCCAGGCUACCACAUAUCUGCUGGACCCCCCCACCAUGACUCUCAAACCUGACCAGAAACAGGAGUUGACAGUGUGGGCCUACCCAACAAAACUUGGACGAAUGAAGGACAGUAUUAUUUGCCAAAUCAAAGACAAUCCAGAGCCUGUCAUCAUCAACAUCUCCUGCUGGGGCGUGCGGCCUGAGCUGGAGCUGGAAAGCAAGCAUUUACACUUUAACAGGACUAUGCUGAACAGGCCUGAGAGCUGCAGUGUGACGCUGCGUAAUAAGACGGCCCUGCCGGUGUGUUGGAGGUUGCAGGGUGUGGAAGAGUUGGGUGAUGAGUUCAGUGUGCCACAGGAUCAAGGCGUCAUCUCACCUCACUCCUCUUUCCUCCUGAGCUUGCACUUCAGGGCCAAGAGGCCACUCCAGAUUAAGAAGAUCUUGCGUCUGGAGGUAUCAGAUGUGGAGAAGAUUUUAGGCAUCGUACAAGCAGAAAACCUCCAGGUCACAGCUGAAGCCUAUGAUAUCGCUCUGGAAAUCACACCUGUGGCAGAUGGCCAUCUAGACUUUGGAACCAUCAAAGUUUUUGAAGAGAGCAAAAUGUCUCUCAAGAUAAAAAACCAAGGGAAAUAUGAAACAGCGUACAAGUUAACACUUCUGCAGUCCGACCCAACCCUGCCAAACCUGGACUCCAUCUUCACUUUCUCCCCUCGGAGUGGCACCCUAAUGCCCCACGAUAAGCCCACCAUAGUGCAGGUCCUCUGCAAAGCCAAUACAGAAAUCUCUAUGAUAAAGGGGCCUAUCCUGCUCUGCCAGUUGAUUGAACCAUACAUUGGGAAUGGAGAAGAAGUCGCCACCAUAACCAUCAGAGUUUCAGUCAAGGCUGUCUUCUCCAGAUACAAGAUCACACCUGCAUGUGACAUCAACUUUGGUUCUCUGGUCUACGGCUACAAGAUAAGUGAGAGCUUCAUCAUUGAGAACCACGGACCCUUUGAGAUCCGAUACACUGUGUGCCGCUUAAUCACGGACGCCGUGUCACCGGGAAAGCAAGGGUACGAGGAGACAACGAACACAGACACAUUGUUCUCUGAUUUUGUGUCUCUCUAGAAUCGCCUCACCAUGGGGGUGUUCUCGGUGUCUCCCUGUCAUGGCAGCUUGCACCCAGGGUCUCAGCAGGUGGUGAGAGUGGAAUGUGUUUCUGAUCAGCUUGGCAGCUGGAACCAGGGUUUGCUUAUUGACAUCAGUGACCGCGACCCCUUGGACCACCCUGAUGGCAUUCCUUACAAACUGCUGGCUGAGGUCUGCAAGCCAGGUAUAUCGUUAGACAUGACUUCCAUUUUCGAGGAGCACCAUCUAUGUACCAACAGCAGUCAGCUCUCCUCGCAGCAGUUCUGCAACGCUCAAGGGAUUUACGUCCGGGAUGAGAACAAGUUUAUUUUCAACAAAGUCCUGGUCGGGCGAACUGCCAAGGCCCGCUUCAAACUGACCAACAACAGCAAGGUGCCCUGUGCGCUCAGCUUGGCUAUCAAAUAUCCUGGUGCUAAGAUGUCUCGCGGCAUGGAGGUUUUUGAUUUGUCUGCUACGACACUGAGCAUUCCCGAACAGUCCCACGUGUUCGCCGUGGUCACCUUCACGCCUCAGGCCAUGCAGCUCUACAGUGCUGUGCUCGAGACCACGAUGGACGUAACCAGCAGAAUGACACCCACAUUCAAGAGCGAGGUGCUAGAGUUCGAGCUAACGGGAGAGGGCAAUAUGCCCAGUGUGUGUGUGGUGCGUCCAGCUCUCAGGACCAUCAGAGGGAACCCGAUGCUGCAGUUCACACGAGUAUCAGCAGGGCGUCGACAUACCCGGCCCCUGGUACUGCUCAAUGAUGGAAAUGUUCCAGCUCAGGUCCAGAUUGACAUGCUGGAUAAGCAUGGAGUGUUCACCCUCAAAGCUGCUCGUGGCAACACUUACAGCUCCGUCUACUCCUCACAGAUUGAAGGCACCACCGAUUCAGAUCCUCAGCUGGUGCACAGAGCCAUCCUGAGGCUGGAUGUCAGUGAGCGGGUAGAGUUUGAAGUUGGAUUUUGCUCUGACAAUCCCCUAAUCGUCAAGGCCAAGAUAUCGCUGCAUGUAGAGGACAACCAGUACAGCAAUACUGUCAUACAAGUGACAGGAGAGGCUUACCAGGAAAUCGUCUCUCUUGACAACAUCAGCAGGUCAUCACAGGAAACAGAGGAAGAUGAUGAAGAAAGUAACUAUAUGUAUGAGUUGCUGAAUUUUGGUGACUGCCAUGUAGAUUGGCCCUACCAAGAGAGGUUCACCAUGACCAACCACAGCAGCAGCCAGGCAGUGAGGUUCGAGUGGCCUCCUGCAGGAUCCCACGUCUGCUUUUCCCCACAGGUGGGACACCUUCAUGCUGGUUGUUCUAAGGAAGUGACAGUCACCUUUUGCUCGAAUCAGCCAGUCACUCUGAGCAGCCAGCCAAUGACAUGUAAGGUCAGUCAGGUGGAGUUCCAGCAGCCUCUAGAGCAGGUGGCUGACUGGGAUGACCGACAGAGGACAGUGCAGUGGAGUUCUUCCAGGCAGGCUUCAGCAUCACCGCAGCAGCCUGGGAAGAAUAAGGUGAUAAAGAUCGAUCCUGAGCCCUGCUGCUCUGCGGUGGAGGGGUCCCAGUUGGAGCUGGAAUUGCGUAUCAGCGCAGUUUGUGACAAUGUGAAGUUCAGCUGCAUCACGGACACCAUCCACUUCAAAGAUACCAUGCUGUACCAGACCAGGCUCCACCAACUACAGAUAGUGAAUCGUGGCACUGUGAAACUAGAGUUCUCCUGGCAAGUCAUCAUGGAUCCGAAUAACAACCUUUUAAACCACGGACAAAGAGGUACUACUCUUCCCGGCAGCAGGUCAGCAAUGUUAAGUGAAGCCCGUCCCUCCAGCGCUCUGGCCAGCAUCAUGUCUGUUCUGACAGGGAAUCCUGAGCUUCCUCCCUUCAGCGUCGAGCCUGGCAUCGGGGCUAUAGAGCCCGGGGACACGCAGCAUUUUAGCAUCCGCUUCUCACCUCUGGAGGUGGCCCAGUUUCAGGGCAGGAUUAUCUGCAGUAUCCCAAACUUACUGGGUAGCGAUGAGGCUCCCUGUGUCCCGGUGUGUGGCCGCAGCCUGUUGCCUCACUGCCACUUUGACCUGGACGACUCGGACUAUAUCAGUGGGAAACGACGGAACCCUGACUUCAGGGGACCUCUGGACCCUAACAUCAGGGUCAUCGAGUUCAACUCUGUCGGUUUCUCUGUGCCAUUGAAGAGAUGUUUUCUUGUGAUGAACCCAACCAGUAAGCCUUACUCAUUCAAGUGGCGGAGUGAAGACAAAGGUGGCAGUCCGUUCUGCUGCCUCACCCCGACUGGUACCAUCAUGCCUGGGAAGAAAGUGGAAGUGUGUUUUGAAUAUGUAGCUGAGCAGCUGGAGGCGGUGGAGUCAUUCUGGAGUUUUGUGAUUGAAACUCUGUCCCUGUGUGUCCCCUUCCUGUGUGUGGGCACCACUAAAGAACCACUUGUGUAUCUCGACAAACCUCACCUGGACUUUGGAGAACUGCUUGUUGGUCGCAAAGAGGAACAGACAGUGGAUCUGGUGAAUGGAGAGAAGCAGCUCUUCCACUUCUCUGUCCUGCAGUCGUCUCUGCUCUGUGAUGAUCAGCAGUCCAGACUCAGUGUGCAGCCCAUGACGGGCACAGUGUCACCCAACGACAGGUUGCCACUGUCAGUGUCCUUCACGCCGUGCCGGGAUGGCUACGUGAGCUUCAGAUUGGCUCUGAAGGUGAAGAGGAAGUCAGAGCCGCUCACACUCACAGUGAAGGCGGAUUGUUUCAGCAUGAGCACUUCUGUUCAAGUGGAGCAGCCCAAAGGAGGACUCAGAGAGAUCAUUCCUAACCAGGAAGACACUCUGGACUUUGGAAAGGUGGGGAUUUCAGAGCAGUCCACCUUUAAUUUCCUGGUGUCCAAUCUGGCAAGAUUUAACCUGGACGUGAGCUUUGACCUCACAGGUCCCAGUGAGCUGCUGCAACACUUGCAAGUAAAGCCUCAAAAUGAUGCUAUAGAGGUUGGGAAGCAGCUGCAGUCUUCACUCUUCUUUUGUCCGCGGAGCAUUUGUAACCUCAGAGACGCCAGACUGUGUAUCAAGGUAAAGCAUGGGCCAACGUUUACAGUUUGCCUAGAAGGCCGGUCUGUGGCUCCAAGCCUUGAAUUCUCCUUCACUAAGAUCAACUUUGGCAAGUGCUUCCUGUACAGUGAGGGCAUGGCGCCGGCCUCACAAAUGCUACUGAUCAGCAACAAAGGGGGAAGGGACGUCAGUGUCCAGUGCCUGUUCAGAAACACCUCUUACCUAGAGAUGGACUUCCAAUCAGGUAUUUUGUCCCCUGGUGCUGUGAUAGAGGCACCAAUCAACUUCUAUCCUCGUGAGGCGGGCCGUUACCAUGAGAAACUCACCUUUAUCUUAAAUGGCUGCAUCACCAAACACGUGGACGUACUGGGGCAAGGCGUGGAGAUGAAGCUGGAGGUGGAGCCCCCCAGGCAGAGGAGGGUGAAGCUGGGGUCUCUGAUGUUGGGUCAGAAGGUGAAAAAACAAGUAGUGCUGGUCAACCGGAGCCCGUUAGACCUGUCAUUCACUCUCGUGCUUAACACAAACACACCACUGGACCCAAGGGAUCUGUCUUUCAGUCCCGCAGGAGAGCAGAGCCUGAAGGCCAGUGUUGGCUCAUGUAACGUUGAGAUCCAGUUCUCUCCUCGUCAGCACAUACCUCCCUUCUCUGCAGAGCUGCAGGCGGAGGUUGCAGGCCUGCUGCACCCCCUGCUGAUCGUCACAGGCUGCUGCCAGGGUGUGGAGGUCCAUUUGGACCAGGAACACCUCGCCUUUGGAGCUGUUGUGCAGCGCUGCCAAGCCAGGAAGAGGAUUCUCAUGAUGAACACUGGGGACAUUGGUGCCAAGUUCCAGUGGAAAUCAGACACCUUUCCUCCAGAGGUGUCCGUCUCACCAGCUAAAGGCUACAUCAGUCCAGGGAUGGAGGUUCCUUUUGAAGUAACUUUUGCCCCUGUGGAACUGAAUAAUGAUAUGAGACAUGAGAAUCUGUCCUGCUGGGUGGAGGGAUCCUCCUCACCCGUUAAAUUCACUGUAACCGGCUCCUGCAUCAUAGCCUCCACCAGCAAAGAGGUGCUGAGCUUCGUUUGCCAGGUGCGCGGCUCUCACAACCACACCCUGCCCGUGGUCAACCCCACAAACCAGCAGUGCAGCGUCAGGCCGCUCAUAGAGGGCGAACAGUGGAGCGCUGCCCCCGUGCUGAUCCUCAGACCCCACCAAAGCAAGACCUACGAUAUCACCUACCGACCUCUGUCAUUGACUGGCGAUGGACAGAAACACCAGGGAUCUGUCUUUUUCUCCUUCCCUGAUGGGACGGGCAUGCUUUACUCCCUGCAAGGAACUGCUGAACCUCCCAAGCCAGAGGACACCAUUAUACACGAACUACCAGCCAAGACCCACCACACAGAGGUGCUCCCUGUGCACAACUGGCUCUCCAAGCAGCAGCGGUUCCGUGUGCUGAUCGAGACCCUGAAACCUGACAAGCCAAAUGCUACAGUGUCCCUCAAGGGUCAAGAAUACAUUGUCGUCCCUGCUCUGGCCACUCGGGACUACAUGUUGUCUUUCUUCACAUACAAAGAGGGGAUGUACAAUACCAAGGUGACGUUUUGUGACGAGGUGUCCGGUGAGUACUUGUUUUACCUUCUGACCUUUAAGGCUACAACUCCAGCUGUCCUGUCCACCAUCGAGCUGGUGACCUCUGUGCGUCAGACGGCCUCUGCCACUGUGCAGGUGGAGAAUCCUCUGACCACAGUUACCUGCCUCACCACUGAGUGUAAAUGCCCCGACAUCAGUGCUCCGCCUCAGCACACUGUGCCAGGACAGUCCAAGGGCUCUGUGAGUUUCGAGUACCUGCCCCUGCGUGCAGGCGAGUCUACAGCCCGGCUCACGCUCUACAGCAGCGAUCUGGGCCACUUCCACUACGACCUGCUGCUCAGAGCUCUGCCCCCACCGCCAGAGAAGACAGUGCACUUCAGCACCUGUCUGGGCAGCAGCCAGUCGGUUGUUGUGAAGUUCAUCAACUACUCACGCUUCCGAACUGAGUAUUCAUGCAAGACUGAUUGCCAGGACUUCACGGUGGACAAGGUCAGACCCCAGGUGGGGUCAGAGUCCAGCGUGGAGGUUUGUUUUGAACCUCAUCAGCUGGGGCAAGUGACAGGCAAGCUCACCCUGUCCUCUGGAAUCGGGGGGGAAUACCUCUUUCCCCUGAACGGGACGAGUCUCCCUCCCAAAGCCCAGGGCCCAUUCACCAUCAGGGCGGGUCGCAGCGUUGCCAUCCCCUUCAAGAAUGUGUUUCUGCACACCGGAACUUUCUCUUUCCAGGUGGACAACCCAUGUUUUACUCUCAAAGACAUGGAACCCAUCCCCUCCAAAAAGACCCAAAACAUCUUGGUGUCUUUUGAGGCCCCUGCAGGAGGCGUUCCGGGACCGUGGUUCGGCAAUCUGACCGUCUCCAGCCAGCGCUCUGAGGGACACCGGAAACCUUGUUCUUGGAUCUUUUACCUGAAGGGCUACCGGCCUGAUUCCUCUUAGAGAGAUCUGUACACUGUGCAGACACACACAGAUGCCAAAGUAAUGCACAGGAAACACUUAAGACAUUUUCUUAUUUUUACGAUGCUUCAGUUGAAUGUGUUUUUAUACAUUGCCCUAACCUUAGUGUAAGUGU